AACAGUGCUAAUGGAUGGCGAAUCCAGUAAGCCCGCAUUCUCCUGCUGCUACCCAAACUAAAUUACAUGAUGACAUAUGGGCUCACGAGCUUGUAAUUCUCUUCCGUGCUAUUAUAAAUACAUGCUGCUUGAGGAAUUGCUGUUUAUUUUGUUUGUUGCCUCCUUUUUACAUACUGUAAAUUCUGGAAGCUUGAGUUUGAUGCCAAAAAUAGAGCCAAGCCUUAUAAACAUGCAGGUGAUAUCACCAUGGACGUUUGUAUUCUCAACAUAUCUUUGAAUAUUAUUAGUCGAUAUCAUCCUGUUUCAUAGCUGAUUCUAACUGGGUUUAUUUAGAAGCAAAUCUCAUUGAGAUCACUCAGGUUUGCUACCUGUUAAAAGAAAGGUGACUGUUUGAAUAUCUGCUAAUAUCCCAUUUAGGCUUUUUUAAAAAAUCAAAUACGAUACCAAGCAUUAAAAUAACGAUUGUAAUAUUAAUUCAUACAUUAUACUCGGCUAUGAUUAGUUUAGGCUUGUUGAAGCUGCUACAGUUGACAGGAUUUAUGUAAUCCAUCAAAUGUUAAAACAUAGUUACCAACUAUUUAGCUUCAUAUGUUUGUCCUGUAACAGAGAAGAUGGAGGCUGGUGGAGGAGUUGGCUACAGCAAAGCCUUCAAACCGUCAAAGAGAAGUCUACAGAGGCCUUGGAGUUCAUGAAGCGUGACUUGACCGAAUUCACCCAGGUGGUCCAACAUGAUACAGCCUGCACCAUUGCUGCUACUGCCAGUGUGGUCAAAGAGAAGCUGGCUACGGAAAGCUCUUCGGGGGCAACUGAAAAAGUGAGAAAAGGACUGUCCAACUUCCUGGGUGUCAUUUCAGACACAUUUGCACCCUCCCCAGAUAAGACCAUUGACUGUGACGUCAUCACCCUGAUGGCGACUCCAUCUGGGACCACAGAGUUGUAUGACAGUGCCAAGGCUCGGCUCUAUAGCCUUCAGUCUGACCCUGCCACUUACUGCAAUGAACCUGAUGGACCCCCUGAGCUAUUUGAGGCUUGGCUUUUGCACUUCAGCUUGGAAGAGAAGAAAGGAGAAAUAUCAGAGUUGCUGGGGAACAGCCCUUCCAUCCGCUCCCUCUACUCCAAGAUGGUGCCUGUGGCUGUCUCCCACUCGGAAUUCUGGCAGCGCUACUUCUAUAAAGUCCACCAGUUGGAGCAGGAGGAGGUCCGGAGGGAGGCUCUGAAGCAGCGGGCAGAGCAAAGUGCUCACUCUGAGGAGCCAGGAUGGGAGGAGGAGGAGGAAGGUAAGGUCUGGCCAUUCACUGAAAGGUCCCUGGUCCUUUCAGAGUUUUUCCAGUACGGCUAUUCAGUUCCUUGCCUGCAAGGAUGUCUGUCCCAUUCGGUGCAACCCCGUGAUGACUUCUCUACAGAUUAACGAAAUGGAAUGAUAAAAUGCAAAGUGAGGCAGAUUACAGUCAGCAGCAGAGAUUGGCAACGUAAGAUACUUAGGAUGCAGCCAAAGAGCCUGUGCGUGUGGCCCUCAAGAGCCAAGAAAAGGCCCCCAGCCUGUCAGUGGUAAUAGUGAGCAACGCAGUCAUUAGAUCUCCCUGGAUGUUUGGAAAAGAAUGUUGUCAGUGCCUAAGACAGUUGGGAAGAUGGAGGAAAUGCCUGGGAAAUGGCUAGCCUUCAGCUGCCCUGGUCAGAAAAAUUCUUGUUCUAGUUGUCAGUUGAAGGUGGAGAUGCCCAGAGCAAGAACUGAGGUGGCGAGCUUGGUUAGGGCACAAGCGUUUGGCGUUAUCAUUCAAAGGUUUUUAUUCCUUCCACUGUUGGAAAGAACCACUUUUGGAGAAGGGGGGAGAGAUUGGCAAAAGAAAAGUUGAGUUUGGAAGUGGAGCAGACCAGGCUGGGGGCUGUGGGGGAAAAAAACCCAGCAAACAAUUCCCCUCUGCAUCCCUAGGGGAGAGGUGGGGGGCAGGGACUUGAAAUGCUGCCAACUGCUCCAUUUUUAAGCCCACCCCCCUCAGCUUAGGCAUUGGAAAGAAGGCUAAAACUAGCACAAACUGGGCCCGUGGCUGCAAAGCCCUUAUUCGACAUCACCGUACCAACUGGAGUUGUUUGAGCCAGCCAUGCCCCUUUCCUAGAAAGCCUGCAAAUGUCCUUAGCCCCCGAAGCUUUUCCUUGGGGUGGCAAGGUAUAGGUGGAUCUUUUAGGCAAUUGCCCAGCUUUCUCUAGCAUUCUCUAUUUAGGGGUGUGGGGACUCUCUCUCUUUGCCCCUGGCAUUUCUCAUGAUGUUGCUAAAGUGAGCAGGGCUGACCCU